GGCUGAUGACGAGAGAAUGCUGCGAUGAGGUAAAGCGGCUGUGGGCGGCUUGUUGAGGCGGCUCCGAUCGCUCCACUUGCCUCGGCGAUGGUUCGCUGACAAGGGAUUCACGCGCAGGGACUUCAGCGAUCGGGGGUUCCAGGAGGAGGGCUACAUCAGCGAGAAUUGCUUCCGCAGCACGGCGCUCCAUCGAUUCAAGGAGGCCCGCGACUUCACCCACGCGCCAGUCUUCUCGGGUUUCGACGAGGACGAGCGCGCUUACAGGGCCAGGCUGAGGAGGGCGAGUGUUAGUACCACCGCCAGCAGUGCUGCAUCCAAAUAGGGAGGAGAGCGAAAGCUCGCUCGAUCUCCAAAGCUUGCGGGGAAGCUCCCCGAGGCGUUUGAUCUCUCCGGCCGCAAGCGAAAGAUCGACAAUAAGAGGAAGAUGCUCAUGAGCCGAGCUUUCAAGGACUAUACCGGGUUUGAGUUCGAGGGAAGCGGCCUGGACGAGCACACUAGAAAGGAGAUGGCGAGGAAGAAGAGAGCAAAGCAAGAUUUCUUACCUGUGGACAUCCCGGCUACGUGGGAAGCCAUGGAAGAAUGCUUUCGAAAGGGGCUGGCCAAGGCAAUCGGUGUGAGUAACUUUAGCACGAAAAAGCUGCACGACUUGCUUCAACAUGCAAAGAUCACUCCUGCAGUGGAUCAGCAAGAGCAGUUGAGAGACUUGUGCAAGAGAAAUUGUGUCCAAGUGAUUGCUUGGUCACGGUCUUGGCAAGCCUUGGGGAAGCAAAUCCGUACUAGAGCAUCCUGUUAUCCAGGAAAUCGCUCUAAAGCACCACAAAUCUCCUGCUCAGGUGAUCAUACGAUGGCUCACGGAAAUCCAUGUAGCUCCCGUUGUCAAGAGCUACAACUCCCAGAGACUGCUGGAAAACAUUAAUAGCUUCGAUUUCAGCUUGGCAGGCGGGGACCAUAAACGAAUCGAGAGCAUCGCACAGGAAAGGAUUUUCACUACCAGUCCUUACAAGUCACCGUUUGAGCUAUGGGAUGGAGAGAUUUGAAUGCCAUCAUAAGCUAUAUAACGCUGUCAUCUUUUUAUUUGAAGAUUCUUCAAAUGAAGAGUUACCU